AGAAGCACGAGGAGUGCCGGUACCACUUUAAUAGUACCUACUUUCAAAGAAAUACCUUAACCAAUCACGUCGAAGACACACCGUCUGCAUACAUUAGUGAUGUCAAAACCGCGAAAAUUCACUUGCAAUGUACAUUUGUGAUUGUGACUUGAAGAAGAGUUCAACUACCGAAAGUUAAUAGUGUUUGACAAUCAUGAAGGGUGAUAUUAGUGCGGUCGUAAUACUGCUUUUGUGUAUAGGUAUCACAUUGGGCCAAAAGCAAACACAGGAAGAUCCCUGCAAGCUAAAGUCACGCGUUGUAGCAGAUGAAAAUUAUUGCGACCGAUACUGGGAGUGCGUAAAUGGGCAACCCGAACUAUACGAUUGUCCUAACGGUCUCGUUUUCGCUGGUAAAAAUCGAGGAGUAACGGAAGGCUGCGAUUAUCCGUGGAGGUCCAAUUAUUGCGAAGGAAAACAACAAUCCAAUCCGCCGAUUGGUGUCGACCACUGCGGAUGGUUGUAUGGCAUUUUUGGACACGAAACCUCUUGCACAAGAUACUGGACUUGCUGGAACGGCACCGCAACGGAACAAUUGUGCAUUGGAGGACUUCUAUACAACGAAGCGACCCACGCGUGCGAUUGGCCAGAAAAUGUGGCAGGUUGCCAAAAACACCCACUUUGCAAUGAUGACGCGAACGGAAAUGUGGCCUUAGGGAAAUCUUGCAAUCGAUAUUGGCAAUGUCAGGGUGGAUAUCCACGAUUGCAAAGAUGUCCGGCAAUGUUAGUAUUUGAUCGACGUUCAUUGCGAUGCGUUGUUCCACCCACCGAAGACUGCGACGUACCUACAACCAUACCACCUCAGAUUCUAGAAGAAGAAGCAGAUGAAAACAUACCAAAUCUACCACCUGGUGCUAUUCCCUUACCUCAUAAAAAUAAACCAAGGAAUUAAAUUUUCAUUUCACGUUUUGUUAUUAGUGUAACAUGUAGUUCAAAAAGUUAAUUUAUUACAAAUGUUUUGAAUAA